AUGGCGGACAAGACUCCGGCGUGGCUGGUGCGCGGAGGGCGCGGCGAGCACCAUCCGCACCCGGCGGCGGCGCUGUAUGUGCGGAUGGUGGCGCAGGGCCGGUACGCGGCAGUUGACACUGCUCUGGCCCAGUCAGUCGUCCGGGUUCUCGGCGAGUACGAGGCCGCCAAGGGCGGUGCGAGAUGGAUCCCGCCGGCCUCGCUCCGGCUCUGCUGGGUCCAUGCUCUCAACGCCCUCGCGCGCGCGCUGUGGUCUGCCCAGGCUGCACACCGCCAGCAGGCGCUCAGCCGGUUAACUCGGCUGGCAGGCGUGGCCGGCUCGCUCGCCCAUCGUUCGACACGCAAGUGGGCGGCGUAUCUGGAGGCCACCACCUCGAGUUGUUCUGCUGCGGAUGCGGUCGGCGACGCGACGGCGGUGGCGGCACUAACGAGGCUGGCGCUGUGUGCGGUCAUGGCCAUGAACGGCGGAAGCUCGCUCAAGGUUGCUUAUCACGUCCGGAAAGCGUCCAAGCUUCUGUCGUCGUCGCGGCUGGCGGACGUCGAGCCAGAGUUGUCGGCACCGGUGGCAGCGUCGGUGGCGACUGCCCGCGGCGGCGCGGGCAUCCUGCUCGCCCGGCCUCACUGCCUGAGUGAGGGCUGGGAGCUUCUGCGCGAGGCUGUGGUGUCGUCGUCGAUCGACGCUCCGCUGGCCACUCUGCUCCUGGCAUGCUCGCUGGUCAGCUACCCGCGCGGACGCUCUGGAGAUAGCAAGCAGGCGCGCUUGGCUGAAGCUGAAGCGAUGCUAGCUGAGCUAGCGCGAGCUUCGUCACGUCCGCUGCCGAUGGUGCAACUGAUCUUUGGCAAGGCGGCGCGAGCCCGUGGUGAGCCUGAAGUCGCCGCCUCCGCGCUGGAUGCGGUUGUCGGCUCGGGCAUGGAUGCACGGCGCUCGACGCUGGUCGGUCUCCUGGCGUAUGAGGCUGGGAUGACCGCGCUCUGCCUUGGUGACUUUGAACAUGCUAUUGCCGCUCUGGGCACUGCAGCCGAGGUCGACGAUGCUACUCUGCGUGGCCGGGCCGGGCUGGCGGUUGCUGGUGCCCACGUCCUGGCUGGGCGACAUGACGUCGGCGCGCAGCUGCUUGCGCAGCAGGCGGAGCGCGAGUCACGGGCGACCCCCGAGUCGCGGCUUGCUUCGCGGCUGUUAGCAGCACAGGCGCUUGGUCUUGUGGCGUUUACCGUCUUUUACCUCGAUCGCGAGCUGCACCAUUUUAGCGCCGAGCGCGCUGCAGCGUGGCUCAAGGUACUUGACGAGCGACUUGCAGGAGAAUCGUCUCUGUGGGCCCGCAUGCUUGAGCCUAGUCUUGCGCAUGAAGCCCGGCACGUGGAGCACCUCAUCCGCGGCGUGCUCCUUGCACUAACUGGCGCGCGAGAGCAAGCAUCUGCCUCGCUCUUGUGUGCGGCUGGGCUUCCGGCGCCGCCGACGCCGGAGAUCUGCGGCGAGACGUGGUCUUGCACGCCGACGACGAUGGGAGCACGCGCGCGGCCGAACUGAAAGCGAGCGCGGCCAAGGUGUGCGGCUACGAUUGGGAGCCUCAACUGCGGCUGCGGCUGAGUACACUAAGCUAGGGUGCCACAGCGUCUGGUCUGAGAACGUGGACCGCGUACGAGACGGACUUUGAAGCAAACCACGAGUACUCGUUGUCGAGGACCAGGUCGUACCGGCCAGCCUUGGGUGCCACGAACCAGCGACGGUACGGUGAAUCUGCCGCAAAGAGAAUGACCUGGUGGUGGAAGGCGACCGGCUCGCUGUUGCGCUUACGAUACUCGACGGCAAGGCCGACGUCGAGGUGGUGGACUUUGGCGGCAAACGAGAUGAC